GAGCGGGAGCCGCGCGGGAGCAGCGCAGCGACGGCGACGGCGGCGGUUGCGAUUUCCAGCCGUUGAGACGCCUCUGCGGCAGCUGGUGGCGCAGGUGGCUUGCGUGGACGCGGGCAGUGGCGGCCGGCCCGCCACCGCAGCCUCAGCGUCCGCAGCCGCGGCAGGUGAGCGGGCGGUGGAGGCUCGCCCCGCCCCCCCUCCCCUUGGUGGCCCUGCUCCCGGCAGUAGCGGGCGCGUUGGAACACCCAGAGGCAUCCUCGGGCUCCUGCCACCCCGGAACCUCGGUUCCAGUCAGUCCAGUCCUGCAGCAGCCCCCACGCAGUCCAUACCUCUGCACCUUCUUGCUGGUCUUCGGCUCCAGAUCCCCGGCAUCGCCCCUCACGAAACAUGACUCGCGAUUUCAAACCUGGAGACCUCAUCUUUGCCAAGAUGAAGGGUUAUCCUCAUUGGCCCGCUCGAGUAGAUGAAGUUCCUGAUGGAGCUGUAAAACCACCCACAAACAAACUACCCAUUUUCUUUUUUGGAACUCAUGAGACUGCUUUUUUAGGCCCAAAGGAUAUAUUUCCUUACUCAGAAAAUAAGGAAAAGUAUGGAAAACCAAAUAAACGAAAAGGCUUUAAUGAAGGUUUAUGGGAGAUAGAUAACAAUCCGAAAGUGAAAUUUUCAAGUCAACAGGCAUCAGCUAAACAAUCAAAUGCAUCAUCUGAUGUUGAAGUUGAAGAAAAAGAAACUAGUGUUUCAAAGGAAGAUACUGACCAUGAAGAAAAAGCCAGCAAUGAGGAUGUGACUAAAGCAAUUGACAUAACCACUCCAAAAGCUGCCAGAAGAGGAAGAAAGAGAAAGGCAGAAAAGCAAGUAGAAGCCGAGGAGGCAGGAGUAGUGACAACAGCAACAGCAUCUGCUAAUCUAAAAGUGAGUCCUAAAAGAGGACGGCCUGCAGCUACAGAAGUCAAGAUCCCAAAACCAAGAGGCAGACCCAAAAUGGUAAAACAGAACUGUCCUUCAGAGAGUGACAUUGUAACUGAAGAAGAAAAAAGUAAGAAAAAGGGCCCAGAGGAAAAACAACCUAAAAAGCAGCUUAAAAAGGAUGACGAAGGUCAGAAGGAAGAAGACAAGCCAAGGAAAGAGCCAGACAAAAAAGAGGGGAAGAAAGAAGUUGAAUCAAAAAGGAAAAAUUUAACUAAAACAGGGGUUACGUCAACCUCUGAUUCUGAAGAGGAAGGAGAUGAUCAAGAAGGUGAAAAGAAGAGAAAAGGUGGAAGAAACUUUCAGACUGCUCAUAGAAGGAAUAUGCUCAAAGGCCAACAUGAGAAAGAAGCAGCAGAUAGAAAACGCAAGCAAGAAGAACAGAUGGAAACUGAGCAGCAGAAUAAAGAUGAAGGAAAGAAGCCAGAAGUUAAGAAAGUGGAGAAGAAGCGAGAAACAUCAAUGGAUUCUCGACUUCAAAGGAUACAUGCUGAAAUUAAAAAUUCACUCAAAAUUGAUAAUCUUGAUGUGAGCAGAUGUAUUGAGGCCUUGGAUGAAUUAGCUUCCCUUCAGGUCACAAUGCAACAAGCUCAGAAACACACAGAGAUGAUUACAACACUGAAAAAAAUUCGGCGAUUCAAAGUGAGUCAGAUUAUCAUGGAAAAGUCUACAAUGUUGUAUAACAAGUUUAAGAACAUGUUUUUGGUUGGUGAAGGAGAUUCUGUAAUCACACAAGUGCUGAAUAAAUCUCUUGCUGAGCAAAGACAGCAUGAGGAAGCAAAUAAAACCAAAGAUCAAGGGAAGAAAGGGCCAAACAAAAAGCUAGAAAAGGAAACAGGUUCAAAGACUCUAAAUGGAGGCUCUGAUCAAGACAGUAAUCAACCUCAACACAACGGAGACAGCAAUGAAGACAGCAAAGAUGAGGCCAGCAGCAAGAAAAAGCCAUCCAGUGAAGAGAGGGAGACCGAAAUAUCUCUGAAGGAUUCUACGCUAGAUAACUAAGUUGACAUACCUGGAAUAUAAAGAACAUUUGCGAAGUUUGUAAUGGUUUUCAUUUGAGAUAUUUAGACUGUUGAAAGUUUUAAAUUUUUAUAAUAGGUUUUGAUGUUUAAAACUUGUUUUGGGGGGAAAAUCCCUUUAUCUUUGUUUAAAAGUAAUUAAAUAUUGGUUAAGUGUACUUUGUGCAGUAUUAACAACUACAUUAUACAGUAAAUGUGAGGGAAGGUUCAUUUAGGAAAUGCUGAACUGCUUUUCCAGACAUUGGUUGUAGCAUAUUUUCAAUUAGUGUGUGUAUGUUAAUGUGUAAUUGAUAGUAAAGUUACAUUUUUAAAACUGCUACUUGUAUAAAACCUUUACUCUUUCCCCAAAUAUUGUGGGUUUUGUGCAGUUUUUACAAAUCUUGGAUUUACCAGACUGUCUUUUCACUGUUUGUGGUUUUUGUAGAAGUUAUACAUUUUUAUGAAAGAUAAAAUGUUACUUCUAUAAAAUUAUUCCCUUCUAUCUAAAAUUAACCUCAGUCUACAUUGUGCUACAUUAUCCUGCUGCUUUGUAACAAUGUGUGUGGUCUGUAUGCCAUUUUGUAUGACAACUAGAUACCCAACUGACAUUGAACUGACAAUUCUACAAGAUACAAAACUCAUGUUAACUUCAGAAACUAAUUUAAUUCUGUGGCUGGGAAUUCAGCAGCCACAGGACUUUCUUGUGGAGAGCAGAACUGGUGUACAUAGGAAUGAAUCUGGCCCUACGGGUCCAGCCAAUCUAAGGUCCUUUACAGGCACUAGUAGCUGAAAUUGAAAACUAAGUGAUAAAAGUUUAUUUUUGGGACAUUUCCGAAUUUUUUAAAAAAGUCACACUCAUUUAAGAAAGUUAGCAAGUAGUAUUUUUUUAAUUGGAAAGCAACCCAUGAUGUUUAUGAAGUAAAUAAAAGUAAAGACUAUAUAAAGAAACUAGCCUAUUUAAAAACAUGGCUAUAUCAGAAGGGAAUUUUUAUUUCUGCAUUGUACAUGUGACAGGAUUGCAAAAAGUACAAACAUUAGCUUUCUCUGAGGCAGCAGGCAAAGUAAAGGAAUGGUUUGAAUAGUCUGUUAUAUUCACAUAUUUGGAAUAAAUCUGAGUGACCCCAUGUUAACACAAAAGAGUUAAGGCUAACUGUAACAGAUAGUAUUUCUAAGAUCAUAUAAUUAGGUCAGUUGGUGGUUUUUGGUAGCUAAGACUGUUUGUUUUGAAACUAUGAAUACGGGAAAAAGACUUUUAAUACUCAAGUGUUUGCAUGUGGCAUAGAUUGUAUGUUUUGACCUCUGAUAAUUUUGUUUUCAUCAAUAGAUGGAAAGUUGAAUUAUUUCAAUAAUUGGAAUUUUAAUUUUGAGAGGUCUUACAAUGGAACCUAGGACUCAGUGUUUUGAGGGAACUCUUCCUAUUAUAUCUGUUUGGUCCUUAGGACAACUAAAAUUUGGACAUAUUCUUGUUAAGCCAUAAGUGUCAACAUGUAAACUUGUUUUGAUUAAAGAAUUUUUUUUAAUCAAACUGUACUAGUAAAUUACUUCUUUGCUAUUUAUAAAAAUGUGUUGGAAUUCUGGCUUGGCUUCCAAGGGAGUAAUUUCUGAGUUAACCUCACCAUAGAGAUUGUGUUGUUUGGAGAGACUAGGAAACUAAU